AUAACUUUCCUCUCAUCAUCAUGUUCGCUUCCAUUCCCGCACAACACAAGAGAUUCAUGCUUGCAACUUGAUUCCAAGUUCCCAAUUUCCCCUUUAAAGAGUUUUCAAAUCCCAACCCAAAUCCUGAAAUGGCCAACGUCUCGGUAGCCGCGGAGUGGCAGCUCCUCUACAACCGCUACUACCGUAAGCCAGAGCUCUACCCAAUGCGAUGGAAACACGUGGACCUCGCCCGGAACAAGAUCGCCGCCGCUCCCUUCGGCGGUCCGGUCGCCGUCAUCCGCGACGAUUCCAAGAUCGUCCAGCUCCACGCCGAGUCCGCCCUCCGCAAGCUCCGCCUCUUCUCCUCCUCCGGCCACCUCCUUGCUGACACCGUCUGGCGCCACUCCGGCGGCCGCCUCAUCGGAAUGUCCUGGACCGACGAUCAAACCCUAAUCUGCGUCGUCCAGGACGGCACCAUCUACCGAUACGACGUCCACGCUCAGCUUCUGGAACCUAACCUCUCGCUCGGCAGCGAGUGUUUCGAACAGAACGUCGCUGAUUGCACCUUCUGGAGCAACGGAUUGGUGUGCAUAACGGAAUCGAAUCAGUUGUUCUGCAUUGCAGAUUUCAAAAACCCUAGGUCGGUUAAGCUCGCGGACCCUGGCAUCGACGAGCCGCCGCAUUGUAUGGCGGUGAUUGAGCCGCAGUAUACCUUGUCGGGUAAUGUUGAGGUCUUGCUUGGCGUUGGGGAUGCUGUGGUUCUUGCUGUGGAGGAGGAUGGAGUGCAGCAGCUUGGUGUUGGGUUGCUCCGGGGACCGCUGCAGAAGAUGGUGGUGUCGCGGGACGGCAAGUGGCUCGCGUCGUUCACGCAUGACGGCCGGCUUUUGGUCACCACGUCGGACUUGACCGGCGUGAUCAUUGAGAGGGAGUGUGAGUCAGCUCUUCCUCCGGAGCAGCUUGCUUGGUGUGGAAUGGAUGCUGUACUGCUAUACUGGGAUGAUAUGCUUUUAAUGAUGGGUCCUGAUGGAGAUCCAGUUCACUACCUUUAUGAUGAACCAAUAAUUCUUAUACCUGAGUGUGAUGGAGUGAGGAUUUUGUCUAACACUAGUAUGGAAUUUCUACAACGGGUGCCUGAUUCCACAGUUUCCAUCUUCACAAUUGGAAGUACAUCACCUGCAGCUUUACUAUAUGAUGCCUUGGAUCACUUUGAUAGGCGUAGUGCCAAGGCAGAUGAAAAUUUGAGAUUGAUAAGAUCGUCCCUUCCCGAGGCUGUUGAAGCAUGUGUUGAUGCUGCAGGUCAUGAAUUUGACAUUUCACGUCAACGAACUCUCUUAAGGGCAGCCAGUUAUGGGCAAGCCUUUUGUAGCAAUUUUCAACGUGAUCGUAUCCAAGAGAUGUGUAAAAUUCUGCGGGUCUUGAAUGCAGUGCGCAGCCUUGAGAUUGGCAUUCCUCUUAGCAUUCAGCAAUAUAAGUUGCUUACACCAUCUGUUCUGAUUGGUCGCCUGAUCAAUGCUCACCAACAUCUGCUUGCAUUGCGAAUAUCAGAAUAUCUUGGAAUGAAUCAAGAGGUGGUAAUAAUGCACUGGGCAUGUUCAAAGAUAACUGCUUCAUUGGCAAUUCCCGAUGCCACUCUUCUAGAGAUUCUGCUUGACAAGUUAAAACUGUGCAAAGGCAUAUCCUAUGCAGCAGUUGCUGCUCAUGCAGAUAAAAAUGGCCGCCGGAAGUUAGCUGCCUUGCUUGUUGAACAUGAACCUCGCUCUUCUAAACAGGUUCCUCUUUUGUUAAGCAUAGGAGAAGAAGAUACAGCCUUGAUGAAGGCAACUGAAUGUGGUGAUACAGACCUUGUUUACCUUGUCCUUUUUCAUAUUUGGCAAAAGCGGCAGUCAUUGGAAUUUUUUGGAACUAUACAGGCUAGGCCAUUAGCACGUGACUUGUUUAUAACUUAUGCGAG